CUCACUUCUCUUCACUCUCCACUCUGUUUCGAAACCCAUUCACACUAAACAUGGACUCAUCCAUCUUCAACACCUCCAAUUCCGACUUCUCGUCGGAAUCUUCCUCCUCGGAGCCGUUUUCGUGGAACGGAUAUCUUCCGUUCAACGAGAACGACUCAGAAGAAAUGCUUUUGUACGGCAUGAUCGCCGACGCCAACACCCUCUCGGCGGAGAGGGUGAAGGAAGAGGAAGUGAGUUCCGAAGAGAGUAGCACGAGGAAGGAGAAGUCGUACCGCGGCGUGAGGCGGCGGCCGUGGGGGAAGUUUGCGGCGGAGAUAAGGGAUUCAACGAGGCAUGGGACGAGGGUGUGGUUGGGGACAUUUGAUAGCGCUGAAGCAGCAGCGUUGGCUUAUGAUCAAGCUGCGUUUUCCAUGAGAGGCUCUGCGGCCAUUCUCAACUUCCCCGUUGAGGUUGUUAGAGAGUCUCUUCGGGAGAUGAACUAUGGCUCCGAAGAAGGGUGCUCUCCUGUUGUCGCUCUCAAGAGGAAGCACUCUCUGAGAAGGAAAAUUGGUGUUAAGAAGAACAAAGAAAUUUGUGGGGUUAGGAAUAGGGUAGACAAUGCGGUCGUGUUUGAAGAUCUUGGUGCUGAUUAUUUGGAACAAUUGUUGAUCUCUUCUGAUCAUGUUCCUUGCACUUGGUGAUUCAUUCAUCAUUUUCAAAGUACCUCUAUAUUUAGUGUUAAUUAAUUAAUUAAAUCCUUUUUCUUAUAUUCCCCUUUGUUCUUUUGUUCUUGUAUUUUUAUUUUUUUUUGGGGGGCAAAGAAGCCUAUGUCAUGUUUCCAUGACAAAUAUGAAGAUCUUUUGGGUCUGUAUCUCUCUUUUCUCUGUAUGUUUUUUUUCUCCCUCUUACUCUAGGAGAAUUUUCUUCCCUGCUUUAUUUUAUUUUUCUGUAAAGCUUAAAAGAUAAGGAAUGCAGUAAUCUUUGUGGGCCUCA